AUGAAACCACCACUUUUGUUUCGUGUAAGAACCGUGACAGCCUUUUUGUCCCUCCAGCCACAAGAUUUUCCCGUCUCUUUGCCAUCGCAAUCACAACAACAACAACAACAACAGCAAGAUGACAAUAAUCUACUGUCUUCCUCCAAAGCCGCCGAAAAGAUCUCCCAGGCAUCGGCACUAUUGGAGACGCUGCAAACCGAACUGACACAAGCUGGAUACGAAGUUCAAACGGUGCGAAUAGCAACCAAUCCGUUUGGUGAAUGGUUAUCGCAUGACGACAUGGAAACCGCCAAGGCACGCCUCUGCUGUUUGAAUCAAUUGUUGGAUAUCAAUGGCAUUGCCUUUUGUGCCGUGGGACCGGCUCAAAGCAUUGCCGAAAUUGAAUCUUUGUGCGCCGUGAUUGUCGAGACGAGUCCCUACGUGUCGUGUUCGGCCACGGUAGCAGCGGGAGAUGUAGUGGCGGCUCGUGCUGCCGCCCACUGUAUGCGACACAUUGCCGGGAUGGCCAAUGGAUUGGGCAAUUUUCGAUUCUGUGCCGCGGCAGCCACCUGUCCACCGGGCAUUCCCUUUUUCCCCGUCGCCAAGGCGGCAUCUUGCCAUGACACUGAUGGCGAUGAUAGUAUACAGCUUGGAUUUGCCAUUGGUUUGGAAAAUGGACCACUGGCCCAUCACUGGUUGUCCCAGGCUGGGUCGAUUGCCAAUGUCCCAACGGUGUUCAAAGAGGGUAUGGCAUCCACAUUGUCACCUCUGCAAGACCUCUGUCUCCAAGUGGCCGACAUUAACGAGUAUUCCUAUCUCGGCAUGGAUACCAGCUUGAAUCCAUCGUUGGACGCCGACAAUGGUUCGGUGGCGGCCGCCAUCGAAUGCCUGUCGGAAUUGGACCAAUUCGGUGGUCCCGGUACCAUUGCCGCGGCCGCCGCCAUUACGACGGCCCUCCAAUCCCUGCCCGACAUUCAACUUGUUGGCUAUUGCGGUCUCAUGUUGCCCGUCUGCGAAGAUCAUCGCUUGGCGGCAUUGGCUACUUCUGCUGACAUCAAAAUUGCCGAUCUGUUAUCGAUUAGCAGUGUCUGCGGUGUAGGCAUUGACACGGUUCCCUUGGCGGGAGACGUUUCAGAGGAUCGUUUGACGGCAUUGAUAUUGGAUGUGGCCGGAUUGGCGGCACGAUGGAACAAACCAUUGAGUUGUCGCGUGUUGCCAUUUGAAGGGAAACAAGUGGGUCAAAUGACCGACUUUGAUUCCCCCUACAUGGUCAAUACGCGGACGUUUGCAUUGUGA